CUUAAAAGUCAUGGUCACAACCCGUGAUCUCAGAUUCAUCUGCCGAGUCCGGACUGACCAACCUUCUGACUUCCUGAGCUGUGGAUUUCUGCAGAUCUUGGUUUUUACACAUAAGGCGCGGGACAAAAGAAGGAGACUGAAACUGAAGGAACCCCUUGGAUAUCACUGAACCCCGGAUUUGCUUAUUGCCGCGUGAACAUUUUGGAGCUUUCUGCCAGUGAAUCCGAGCGAUGCAGUCCAUCAGGGAAUUAAAGCCCAACUUCGGUGGCCCUCCUGCGUCCUCCAUGGCUGCUGGACCAGACGCGUAUCUCCAAGGCAGCAUCAGGAUGACCCUGGAGGAUCCCGAACUCUGGAAGACCUUCCAUGAAAUAGGAACAGAGAUGAUCAUCACUAAACCAGGACGGAGGAUGUUUCCACACUGUAAAGUUAAUCUCUCCGGCCUGAUUCCAUGCGCAAAGUACAUCUUACUGGUUGACAUGGUCCCUGAGGACGGUUUCAGGUAUAAGUGGAAUAAAGACAAAUGGGAGGUGGCAGGAAAAGCGGAGCCUCAGCCUCCCUGCAGGACCUACCUCCACCCGGACUCUCCGGCCCCAGGGAGCCACUGGAUGAAGCAGUCCAUCUCCUUCCUCAAGCUCAAGCUUACUAAUAAUACGCUGGACCAGCAUGGCCAUAUCAUUCUGCACUCGAUGCAUCGCUACCACCCGCGCUUCCACGUCAUCCAGGCAGACGACUUGUACAGUGUCCGCUGGAGCGUUUUCCAGACCUUCACCUUCCCUGAGACCUCCUUCACAGCGGUGACCGCCUACCAGAACACCAAGAUAACAAAACUCAAGAUCAACCACAACCCGUUUGCGAAAGGUUUCCGGGAUGAAGGCACCAAUAAAAAAAGACGUGCAACCAAGGCCCCAGCCGGUGGAGAGAAGAGGUCAAAGGCAUCCGCGGUUUUGAACAGGGACUCAGUGGAGGAAAGUCCAGCAGAUUUCUGCCAGUCAUCUUACGAGGGUUAUGAUGGAGAUGAAGGCGACCUGCCCAAGAGCAAAGAGGCCGAUGCCAUCAAAGCUGAACGUUACUCCCCCUGGGCUGCGGAGCGGGAGCACGCAGCGAGGACCGACUCCCCCCCAGGCCCGGAAACCAGAGACGUGUACAACGCAGAGCAGCUGGUCCCUGCUUCCGCUUCCUACCAACGCUACAGGUUCCAUGAGUACGGGAAGUCUCCCUCGCCGUCCUCCAGCAUCGGCAGCAGCAACAGCGGGUCGGGACGCAGCAGCUUUGAGCCCAGAGUCCCUGAUGUUGCCACCGUUCCGGAUCACGAGUGUUCUAAAGCUCGCACCCAUGACAUCGGCCCUCCCUCUUGCGGCCCCCAGCAACUCCCCGGGCCCCAGGACUACACUGGGGUCCUCAACAUGUCCAUGGCCCAGACCAGCAAGCCAGGGGUCAUAGGUCACCACCUCUACGCCCCGUACAGCGCCGAGCAACCUCUGGGCCAGUGGAGCGGCCCGGGUCCUGCUCAGUACCCCCCCCCUCACCACCUGGCCGCUGACUACACCACGCAAGCUGUGCACCACGGCUAUCACCAUGGCAACAUGGCCGAGUGGAGCCAGUACUCUCUGUUCCCUUACUCCUGCUGGUGAGGAGGAUCGUCGGCGUCAGAAUGGCCGAGAAUGACUUUUACUCAUGCUGCCGCGCCACCUUGCCGGAACGGGGCUCCCGCGCCCGCAGCUAUGAUGAUGCAUGUCCAGAGGAGGCCCAGCGACAAGAGAAGAAAAAAACAAACCAGGAUGAGAAGCGAGGAGCCACCUGUCGAGGCCGGAAGGAUUCCGAUUCCCGAGAGGAAGCCUUGAUAUUACGUGUGCUAUGCCGUGCCGGCUGGUUGUUUAAUUAAUUGCCUAUUUAUUUUGUAAUUCAACUCAUCUUCAAUUGUAAAUAUUAUUUUUGUAAAAAAAAAGAGAGAAACAAAGAAAGAAUAAAACCCAAGUGUGCAAUUUAUGUGUAUCUUUGAAUUGUGGUGUGAUCUAAAAAUAAAAGCCCAGAUUGUGAAAGUAACAGGUUUUGAUAUCGUGUGUGUAUAAAUCAUUAAUCAGACUCACUGACAGAUAAAAAAAAGAGUAAUGACGCACAGCAUGUGGAAAACUACACAAAUAAUAAUUCACUAUCAACAAACCCAAACA